AUGGCGGACCCCCUUUCGAUUAUUUCAGCCGUAGAGCUCUGUUUCAAAUAUGGCACAUAUUUGGUUCAAUUAUGCACUGAUGUUGCAAACGCAAAAGGCGAUAUCGCGGAGAGAUUCCUUCGUGUGAAAACCUACUGGAUGAGGGUGGAGCUCCAGCUGAAUGUGGUAGAAAGUGUUGCUCCCGAGCUCAGUGAGAAGCAUCGGAGGAUUCAACAUGAGACGAUUGCAAUGCUCACUACCAAGUUGCAGAUUGCUAUCAAUAAUCUUGAGUCAGUGAUCAAGAGUCAUCCUGUCGGGGACCAAGAGUUGGAUGUACGUCGGUGGAAGUAUGCGCUUGUAAAGGAAAAGAUCGACAGGACCAUUGAGGAUCUCCAAGAAUGGCAGUCACUAUUCGAUCCAUCGUGGUAUUUGAUUAUGAAGCUUGCAGACCAUAAAGUCGAUUCUGGCCUAAGCACAUACCGAAAAUCUUCCGCUUCUGCUAUAGAUUUUCAAGACCCGAUACGCCCUGCGCAGUCCCUAAGAAGAGCCCUGAAUCCGACAGACACAAACGCUCCAUCGGUUCGCCUCUCAACGGAUUUUCUCAUUUCCAUUAACCCACAAAAAAUCCCAUUUUGCUCAGCGCAGGUGGGCCAGAGACCAGAGAAUGGUCAAUCGCUUAUUGUGGAACGAAUUGAACCUUUCCCAGGAGCCAAUGUUGGGGACAUCAGCAAAGAUAUACGAGAUCUCGCCAGGCGAUUGACUGGGUCUGAUGCCAUGGAAUUCGGUCUUCUUAGCUGCAAAGGAUAUAUCCCUCACCUCAAGCCCGGCUCUUCGAGAUCUGCAGUAGAUGCAUUUACGAUUAUCUUCCGAAUGCCAACACAGCAUGUUCAACCUCGUUCUCUCCGAGGUUGUUUACAGGAUAUGAACCAUACCCAUUCACUAUCUGAUCGGUUCAAGUUAGCGAAUGAGCUUGCAAAAGCAGUGCAUUCUGUUCACUUGUUUGGAUUUGUUCACAAAAACAUACGACCAGAGACAAUCCUACUUUUGGGAAGUGAUGAAUCUUCAAUUGGAUCUGCCUUUCUGAUUGGAUUUGAAAGCUUCCGCAUGGCAUCUGGUAAAACUUUGCGCAAAGGCGAAGCAUCCUGGGAACGAUGCCUUUACCAACACCCUGACCGCAUAGGAACGGUUUCGUCUAAAGAUUACAUUAUGCAGCAUGAUAUCUAUAGUCUUGGAGUAUGCUUAUUGGAGCUGGGCUUGUGGGAGUCUUUCGUGUCAUGCGAUGAGUUGACUCCGGAGGGCAAUGACAAUGAUCCGACCCCCACUCGGGCCUCGAUUCUGGGACUGGACCGAGGGUUAUAUUUCAAACAGCAUCUUCUCUCCUUGGCGCAGGGUGAACUGCGGAAGCGAAUGGGGACCAGAUAUUCUGACGUUGUUGUCACUUGUUUGACAUGUUUGGACGCUGGAAAUGUCGACUUCGGAGAGGAGGCUGAUUUUGAAGAUGCUGAUGGCAUUCAAGUAGGUGUGAGGUAUAUUGAGAAGGUAGGUUUCUUCCACCCAAAUCUCAUGGAAGAUCGAUCUCUAACAUAUCAUCGGCACAGGUAA